AUGGAGCAAACUCAAGGUGUCUCACCUGAAAAAGAAACAAAGAAUCCAAAAUUGUGGACAAAACGUUGUCCAAGCUAUGAUCGUAAUGAUUAUAAACGUGAAAUGUAUCAUCGCGCGUAUUUAAUUACUCCUUUAACUACAACUACAAUUACCCUUCAUUAG